GACUAUUCCAAUCUCCCACUGAAGCCUGACCAUAUGUCGCGGCCCUGCUGGACUUGUCCAGACGGCAAUAUUUAUCUCGAGGCCUUUCACGAUUUAUACGUCAGUGCGUACGAUUUUCUCGUCGCCAUUGCCGAACCAGUGGCGCGCCCCGAAUUUUUGCACCAAUACAAGUUAACACCGUACAGCUUGUACGCCGCUGUCGCUACCAACAUUGAAACCAACGCAAUUGUGUCCGUUCUUGAACGCCUGUCGAAAAACAAGCUCCCAUCCCAGGUCAUCAAGUUUAUUCGGGAGUGUACACAGAAGUACGGCAAGGCCAAAUUGGUCCUUAAGCACAAUCGUUUUUAUGUCGAAUCGGAGUUUCCGGCCGUUUUACGCGAACUGCUACGCGAUCCUACGAUCGCGCAAGCACGCAUUGUGGAAGAUGUGGUGGAUGCAUCUGCCUUGGAUGCGGACGGAUUUGUCACGCAAUCAAAGGCACAGGAAAUGAAAGAGAAUCUCCAUAUGUUGAGGGAACCAGACGACGAUAGUGAAGAAGACGAAGAAGGACUGUCAACCGGGGCAGGCGGCCAACCUACCAAACCCAGCAAUGUCGUCGUCAGUUUUCAAAUUAAACCCGAAUCUGUUGAAGUUGUGAAACGCCAAGCCAUUGAACUAGAUUAUCCAUUAAUGGAAGAGUACGAUUUCCGCAACGACACUAUGAAUCCGAACGUACCCCGCAUGGAUUUAAAGCCUCACACGCGUAUUCGUCGCUACCAGGAAAGGUCCCUGGCUAAAAUGUUCGGCAAUGGGCGAGCUCGAUCCGGAAUCAUCGUUUUGCCGUGUGGUGCCGGGAAGACCUUGACGGGCGUAACAGCGGCGCAAACGAUUAAAAAGUCAGUCGUGUGUCUUUGUACCAACGCGGUGUCAGUGCUGCAGUGGAAAUACCAAUUUCAAUUGUGGACUUCCAUUCCGGACGAACAUAUUGCUGUCUUUACUUCUGAUCACAAAGACAAACUUGUUGACCCAUGCGUACUCGUAACGACAUAUACGAUGAUCAGCUACUCCGGUAAGCGUUCAGCGCAAUCGCAAGAAAUUAUGGACCAAAUCACGUCGCGUGAAUGGGGUUUGUUGCUAAUGGACGAAGUCCACGUCGUACCGGCCAAAAUGUUUCGUCGCGUUGUGGGAUCUGUCAAAGCGCAUUGUCGAUUGGGACUCACAGCCACAUUGGUCCGCGAAGACGACUUGAUUUCCGAUCUCAACUUUCUGAUUGGUCCGAAACUAUAUGAGGCAAAUUGGAUGGAUCUGACUGCUCAAGGAUAUCUGGCGAACGUUCAGUGUGUGGAAGUGUGGUGUCCCAUGACAGGCCCGUUUAUGAAAGAGUACCUGAUGGCUUCAAACUCACGUUUGAAGCAAUUGCUAUACGUGAUGAAUCCGAGCAAGUUACGGGCAGUCGACUUUUUAGUCCGAUUUCACGAAGCUCGAGGCGACAAGAUUAUCGUCUUUUCCGAUUUGGUGUACAGUCUGAAGUUGUACGCAGAAAUGCUAAAAAAGCCGUUGAUAUAUGGCGAAACGCCGGAGCGUGAGCGACAGGCUAUUCUAGGGACCUUCCGAGCGUCCGAUGCAGUCCGGACUAUUUGUAUAUCCAAAGUUGGUGAUACUAGUAUUGAUCUACCUGAGGCCAAUGUGAUUAUCCAAGUGUCGUCUCACUUUGGUUCUAGGCGACAAGAAGCUCAGCGUCUCGGACGCAUUUUGCGUCCCAAGUCGUAUACACAACAGGACGGCAGCAAUAGGUCCACCUUCAACGCAUUCUUCUACACCCUGGUUAGCAGCGAUACCCAGGAAAUGUUUUAUUCAGCCAAACGACAACAGUAUUUGAUUGAUCAGGGAUAUACAUUCAAGAUUGUCACAAACCUAUGUGAGAAGGCUGACGCCGAGGCCAUUGCAAACGGUUGCACUUUUGCGACGCCAGAAGACGAUCGUAAAUUGUUACGAACGGUUUUGACGAGCGAGACGGAUUUAGAGAAAGAACAGCGCGCUGAAGACACCGCAAUUCGGAAGAAUAACACUGACGGUGCUGCCUUGGCUGAUGCGGCUUCUAAAAAGACGACGAGUAUGGCCCAGCUUAGUGGUGGGACUGGACUGCGUUACAAAGAGUUUUCUUCGUCAGGGCUACCGAAGCGGCAUCCGUUGUUCCGGAAGAGACAACGUCUCUAGUAGAUUGUCCAUGUCUUGAAUCGUUUUUGCUUCUUUGGGACAGCUAUAGCUUAAGCUUUUGUAAUCACUAAUGUCACUUCUUCUGCU